AUGGCUGAGCUGCAGGAGGAGCUGACCUGUCCCAUCUGCCUGGACAUUUACAGCAACGCCGUGUCGCUGGGCUGCGGGCACAGCUUCUGCGAGGGGUGCAUCCGGGAGGCGCGGAGCCACCAGCCCAACCUGGGGGGUCCCUUCCGCUGCCCGCAGUGCUGCACUCCAGCAGAGCCCGCUGCCCAGCUGCAGCCCAACGCCCAGCUCCACAGCAUGGUGCGGGAGUUUUUGGAUGCUUCCGCUCAUCAAGAGCAGGACAAGCAUCCUGGAGUGCAAUGCGAAAAGAAGGGGGAAGAUUUGGGCCAGCAAGAGGAGGUGAUCCCAUGUGAUUUCUGCCUUCAGGAGCCCCAGCCAGCUGUGAAGACCUGCCUGAGCUGCGAGGCUGCCCUGUGCCAAGCCCACCUGAGCAAGCACAGCUUGAAGAGGCACCUGAAAGACCAUGUCCUGAUUGAGCCCUGUGGUGCUGGGGUUUUGGCUGAGAGGAGAUGCCCCCAGCAUGGCAAGCUGCUAGACAUCUACUGCAAGACGGACUCGGUCUGCAUCUGCUUGCUGUGCUUCUUGGCCGGCUCCCACAAGAAUCACCAGAUCAUCACUUUGGGGCAGGCUUUUGGCCAAGCGCAGACUAAGGAGAGACUGAAGAGGGAUCAGCUGGAGAACCUCUUUGAAGAGCUGCAUCUGCAGCUAGAUAACAAAAAAGGAGAGGUCCUGAAAGCUCUCAGUGACAGCAUGGAGCAAGAGCUUUCUCAGAUUCAGACACAGAUACAAGAACACAAAGAGCACAAGGAUGCAGCCAGCCACGAUGUCCAGGAGCUAAAGGCUCUGAGAGAUCAGAAAGACCCAAUUCUUUUCACCAAGGCUUUUACAGCGAUUCAUGCCAGGUAA